CUCAUUCUUUAUUAAAAAGUCUGGGAAUUGUGUCCACCACUUUUCAGAUAUAUCUUAGAGCACAUAUUUGUGUUGUUCGUGUUUUUGUGUAACCUUGAAUCUCAUCCCAGAAUCUCGCGAGCUACGAAGAGGAUUUUUCCAGCCUGGAAUUCGCCUCAAUCAUAUUCAACACUAUGUCCCGUCCUCUAACGACCUCUGACUUGAUAUUUCCAUCCCAAUCGCAUUCCUUCUCUACCACCCUUCAUUCCCUAAAACGCUCUGCGCUCUCCAUUCACAACCGUCUCUCCUCCAUCUCCCAAGACUCCGAAUACAUCCUCUCCAUCUCCGAAGCCUAUCAUCUACCUCUUGUUGCAAACGAGCGUUGCGGGAGCUGGUAUAUUCCGCUCGAAAAGAAGAGUUCUAGCGCCUACUUCAAGAGCACGGAUGGGCAUAUGAAUGAAUGGUGUUUCAAUUUGCGGAGGCUCAAUUUGCAGAUUUUAGAGCCGAUUGCAACAAAUGGAGGGUGUGUUAUUGUCGACUCGACUAGGAGGGGUAAAAGCAUGCCCGAUGCACUCUCCAAAACCAUUCCAAUAUGGUGUUGCGUGUUGAACCGCGCAAUAUUUCCAGCCCUAGGACAUCAUCCUUUGUAUACCCCUGGACAUGCGGUCUCCCCGUCAGAGCAUGCUCAGAUUGAGCAGCGUAUAGAUGGCUUCGUUAGGCAGUUCCUCGAAAUUUGCAAACCAGACAUUGAGACGCUAUCUAAAACCCUCAAAAAGCCUCUGCGGCCGAUCUGGGUUACGCAGCAAUCUAAUCUUCCGGAACGAGCUCCUCCGGAAUCCAAGGAGUAUAAUCUGGUAGUGCUGUGCACCGCAUCACGACGCGUGCAUGGAGGUGAAGUAUCUGAAGGAGGCUACAUUCAAGGGGCCGCCGAUGAUCAUGAGGGUUGGGCUUGUGGGCUUACUCCGAUAGUGUUCUGGAAAAACAGGGGGAAGCUCCUCAGUACAAAUGAGGAAGAGCUACCAGAUUUAAUCGCCGAGCUUAUCAAGGAAGAGAAGGGACCGGAUGCCGUACCGAUUUUGAUUCCACCAACGUCGAAUAUAUCUGUUUCGUCAACGGCCAAUCUGGAUAUCGAGCCCUUCGAUAUAGUGAUAAGCUGCACGCCCGAACCCCUGACAACAACUAAUCCAGAGCAUCUAAAGAAGAAGUAUCUGCACUUAACUUGUGGAAUGGGAAAGCUCGGGUCACGAGAUCUUCGGUCGCAACUUCCCCGAUUACGUGACUUCUUCGGGGCCCUGCCAACGCAGCUGCAGAGUAUAUUAAUAUGCUGCCCAACAGGAAAAGACCUGUCAGUUGGCGUGGCUCUAGCCAUAUUGUGCCUUUACGCAAACGACAAAGGAGAUAUCUCCCCGCAUCCCACUGGAUGGAAAAUCGACAAAACCUUUAUCAAGAAACGGUUAGCAUGGAUAACAACAUGUUCGCCGAUUCUCAAUCCCUCACGGGAAACGCUGAAAGCUAUGAAUGCCUUCUUGAUGCCGGAUCCCUCAGCUACCAGUCGGGCGGCUCAGGUCGAUGCUCCAGCAUCCAAGUUAGUUCUAAUUAAAGUAUCCACGGAAGUGCAAGCUCUGGAAAACACAUCUGUCCAUGGCAAGCAAAAGGCUGAAGUGAAAAGCUCACCUUCUCCAACGCUUUUCGCAAACCUCCUCAACAAUCAAAAACCUUGGAUCUUUACCCGCACACUAACAUCGGCCCUACCUACACAUCCGUCUGGAACAGUUCACGGCACCGCAAUAUUCACACCAUAUAUUACAGACUCAACCACUCCGACCACAUCUCCCUCCACACCUACCUCUGCCUCUCUGCACACACACACAUUCCUCUACUCCGAAGAAGGUGAAUUCCUCACAACCACAAACCUCCGACUCACCGUGCAUCGGAAAUACAUAUACCAGCUUGAGCAGCCUAACCCCAUCCGCAGGCCCGACCCCAACGCCAACAAAGAAUUAAAACCCUAUAUUAGCGUACAUUUCUUUGAUGAGGAAAAACCCGCUGCUGGGAAGGAUGCAAUUGGGGGUGUAUUCGUUGAGAUGGGGGAUCUAGUCAAGAAUCUUGAUGGGGGUUGGGACGCUGGGAAUCAGGAGAGACAUUUAUGUGAUCGGGAUUUGUACACUGCAAGUUGGAAGUUCGGGGGUGGUAUGGUGAAGGGUGGUUUAGAUGCUGAGGAGGGCAUGAGAGAGGGGGAAAAGGAGGUUUGGUGGGAAGUAUAUUAUGAUGUAAAGGGGCCGAAGAAGGAUUACGUCAGUGAGACACGGUAUAGGAAGGAACUGGAGGGAGAAUAA